AUGCAAUUAUACUAAGACUAAGAAUAUGUACAAGCCCAAUCUAAUAUUAAUUUAAUCAACACUCACAAAUGUAUUAAAGCAAAGAAGUAAGGGUUAUAUAUAUAUUAGAAUACGAAAAUUCAAAAUUCACCAAAUUUCCAAAAAUAAUUAGAUUACUUCAAAUGGGUAAUCAAUAUGUUCAUAAGAAACUGCAAUUAAUUACUCAUCAAAACCCUCUCAAUAUAGGAGAGAAACAAUAUUUUCUAUAAAGAAGGAAAAAUAUCAUUGUUUUCAUGGAUUUUCCGAUGUUAAUCUUGCGGUUCUUUAAUAAAACACGAAUAAACAAUCCUUGGAUAUUGAGAUGCAAAAUAUUUCACAUAAAUAGAUAUUCCUUCCAUUGCCUCCAAUUAAGGAAGUUGAAGAGUAUGUGUUAUAUUAAGUAUUUAUAUUAAAAGUAAUAAGAGUAAACUUAAAAAAGUCAAGAUAAAUGAGUAACUGUAUUCUUAAGACAAUUUGGAAUUGAUUUUAUUCAAAAUUGACAAGUAACACAAAAUCAAAAUUGAGUACUAUAUCCCAUUAAGUUAGACCAGGCCUAAUUGAAGGUUUGAUACUAAAUGACAAAAUAUUGAAGGAUCAGUUUCUUAUAUAUUUAGAGUGUUAUUCAUUUGAAAGAAUCUACCAAGUGUAGUUAGAAUUUGAGGAUUAAUAUGAUUGUGAAUAAUUUCAAUUAUUUUGA